AUGACAGCGGCAACUGCAACCCGCGCCGCAAGCAUGCUUCACGGUCUGCGAUCCUCGGCGACUCGGGCAAGCGUCGUCGCUGGCACCGCUUCGACAUUGCACGGUUCGAGGAUGAUCUCCACUGCCAUACUCGCGCCAAGGCACAUCCCAUCCAUGCGCUCCUCAUCUGCACCAUCUCACCUCCCCAUGCUGUCGAUGCAAACUCGCUUCAAAUCCAAGCGCUCCUCUGCACAGUACAUCGACCCGAAUGCAGCAGACGCCGACGACGUGCCCGUGAUGAAAACAAAAGGUAAAGGAUCCAAGGGCAAUCGCGGAGCCCAAGCCACCUCACGCGGCGCCAAGUCCAAGCGUGGCGAUUCCGAACAGCCUUCCGACUCUGAAUACAAAACAUCGACUCGCAACCAAGACUUGCCCGACGAGGCGUUCGACUUUGACGCCAUCUCGUCUCACAUGUCGCGCGCGGUCGAACGCUGUCGAUCCACCACAUCGACGCUCGUCGGCUCCUUUGGCCGCGCCGACCCUUCGCUUCUGGACAAUAUCAAAGUCGAACUCCCCUCUGGCGGGUCUAAGACGCUCCACCCGUUGCGCGAGUUCGCCACCGUCGGCGUACGCGACAACGCACUGAUCGUGACCGCCUUCGACCCGGAGAUGGUCAAACACAUCGAACGCGCCGUCUACACGUCGCAGCUCAACCUCACCCCACAAACCCAGACGGGAGACGAAAACGUGCUGCGCGUUGCCAUCCCGCAACCCACCACCGAGUCGCGCCAGGCCAUGGUCAAGGACCUGACGCGCAUAUGCGAAAAUGCCAGAGUCAGCAUCAGAGACGCCAGACACAAGGCGCAGAAACAGAUCAAGUCGGAUAUCGACCGCAAGGUGGUGGGAAAAAGCGAGGGGGAGAAGGAAUCUAAGAAGGUGGAGGCGGAGACCAAGAAAUGGUCGACACAGGUGGAUCAGUUGUUCGAAAAGAUGAAGCAGACGCUCUUAGCUGCCUAA